UAUUGUAAGUAGACUUCACUUAUUCAAAUAAAUAUGGAUAACCUACCAGGUACAUCAGCGGACCCCGACGAGAAAAUGGAUAUAGAAAACGAGUUAACGAACAAGUUCUUAAGUGGUGAAAUGUCCUUCGCCGAUUAUUCUACUAGAUGGUAUGGAUAUGAUGAAGAAGAGAACUUUGGAGAUGACUUCAAAAGGAUGGACAUCGAGAGUCGUCCCUCCGUACAGCUGUUAAGAAAAAGAAUGCCUAAAAAUCGUAAAUAUACUCGGCUUUCUGCUGCUCUCCUAGGCCUUAUGGGAGAGGCUAACUUGAGGUUUGUCAGAGGAGAUAAGGAAACUGCAGAGAAAAUGUGCCAUGAGAUUAUCAAGCAGGUACCAAAUGCCCCAGAACCAUAUCAAACACUAGCACAGAUAUAUGAACAUGACACUGAGAAAUCUUUACAGUUCUCUCUAUUAGCUGCACACUUGAGUCCUCCUGAUGCAAAUGAAUGGUUAAGACUUGCUGCAAUAUCAAAACAAAGGAAUGAUAUAAAGCAAGAAAUGAUAUGUUAUGCGCAAGCUAUAAAAGCAGAACCACAAGAUUUGAGUAUUCACAUGAAGAGAUUGAAUUUUCUAAUAUCCCUUGAAGAAGCUAAUUACCCAAUAAAUGUUCUUAACAUUAACCGUGUGAAAUGCUAUCACAAAAUUGUCACUUCAAUGCCUGCGAGUGAAUCAGAAACUAUUAUGGAAUAUGCAAAAAUGGCUGCAAUACUUUAUCAUAAUAGCCAAGAAACAGAAAAAGCUCUAGAAGUGUUGUCAGUAGCAUAUAAAAAAUGUUCCUCUCAUUUUAAUAUGUCAGACACUAAUAUUUUUUUGGAGUUGCUUAUGUCAAGAAAACAAUAUCAAACAUGUAUAGAAGUUUUCAUUGCUAAUGUUGGAGUGGAUAUAGAGGCUGAAAUUCAAACUGUUAAAAAUCAAGAUGGUUUAAUAGAAGAACAGACUAAUUAUCUAAAUUGUUCUAUUCCAACCGACUUACCUAUUGAUUUAAAAAGCAAAUUAUUAAUUUGUUUCAUACAUUUAGGGGCACAUAGUUUAGUCCAAACCUUACUUUCUGAUUUCCUAGCAAAUGAUGUGGAGAGAGCUGGUGAUCUGUACAUGGACAUAGAAGAAGCCCUUUCUUCAGUGGGACUACAUGAGCUAGCCAUGAAACUUUUGGAGCCCUUAGUAAAAAACACUAGCUUUGAUCUGGGUGCAGUUUGGCUGAAACAUGCAGAGUGCCUGCACAGCUUGGGUAGAGAUGAUGAUGCAAUACAAUCCUAUCAUAAAGUUUUGAUACAUGCUCCACAACACAGUGAUGCUAGGAGAAAAUUGUUUAUGAUUCUAGAGAAAAAAGGGCGCAUUGAUGAAGCAUUAAAAAUUUUAAAACAAGAUUAUAAAUAUGUUGUUAGUGCUAGUUUACUUUAUCUAUAUUGUUGUACUUUGAAGAAGUACAAUGAAAUGGAAGAGUAUUUAGUAGCAGGAGAAGCUUUAUUAUCCAGGUCAUUUGUCAGGUACAGGCAUCCAGAAGAAUUAAAAAUUGCCUUUACAUCAAAAGCUGGUAUAGAUGUAAUUCAAAACUUUAGGACUAUGCGAGGAGAGAAUCCCUAUAAUGAAGAUGAUAUACACUUUGAUGAAGAGGAUAACUUUGAGUUUACAGCAGAAGAAGAAUGGAACCUUUUUUUAGAGUUAAUAGAAAUAGCAUGUAAAAGUAAACAAUAUUUUACAAUGCAAAGAUUGUCAUUUGGUGCAGUAUUGUCAAAAAGUUUAACUUCACAUCGUUUGCAAAUAGAAUUCUAUUGUUUACAAGCGUGUUUAUUGGCUAAUGAUUACCAGAAUGCAAUGAGACUUAUUAAGGAGCUAAGUUGGAAAUAUCCCACAAUACGAUCAUGGAAUUUGUUGAAUGUUGUUGUCCAUUAUGUAGAAGAAAAUGUAAAGUUUUUAAGUAGACUUUUUCAAAAAGAACAUUAUGUUGUUAAAAAUCUGUUCUUAGGCAAUAGUUUUUUAAUUUCUGGAAGAUAUCUUGUAGCCUUAAAAUAUUUUUUGGAGCAUCACAGUCAGCGCAGAGAGCCUCUAACAGCCCUGCUAAUUGCAAUUACAAUGCUGGUCAUGGCAGCACAGAGAACUGUAGACAAACACCAUAAUUUGGUACUACAGGGAAUGUGUUAUAUGCUUACAUAUCAAAGUUUAAGAAAAUGUGACCAGGAAACAAAUUACAAUCUUGGUAGAGCUUAUCAAAUGUUGAGCAUAAAUAAUUUGGCUGUAGAGUACUAUGAGAGAGCAUUGGCGUCCAGUCCCAUAGCAGAGUGUCCUCAACAUGGCACUAUAGAUCUUACUAGAGAAACUGCUUAUAAUUUGUACUUCUUAUACAAAGAUCAUGCACCUGACAUGGCAAGGAAAUACAUGUUGCAAUACCUGGUUGUGUAAUAAAUACCUACUUAAUUAAAA